AUGGGAUCAUCCAGCGUAGCUGAAGAUUUUCUUCCUCCCCAGGCUCCGUCCAAUGCCACUGUUCGGCGGGUCAGUUUUCUCAAUACAGAUCCGCCUAUCCCCCAGUACAAGGAUUAUAAUGCUGUCGUUAUCGACAACGUCCUGACGGAAGAAGAAUGCAAAGAGUUGCUUCGCAUUGCAGAAGCCUCGACGGUCAAAGACACUUCCGGCUCUCCAACAUGGGAUCGCGCGAUGAUUAACACCGGAGGUGGGGGACAGAUACUUGCUACAGUCCACCGCAACUGCGGAAGAGUCAUAUUCGAUUCCUCUGAGUUGGCGGACAAGCUGCUCGCUCGCCUGAUGCCAUUUCUGAAAGAAGCGGGGGUUGAUCACAUCCGCAAUCAGCCGCUUGUGACUGGUCUCGAUGGACAAGGCAAGGCGUACAGACUCUCGCGGCUGAAUGAAAAACUGCGGUUCCUGAAAUACGAAGGUGGUGAAUACUUUCGACCUCAUUGGGAUUCAAACUACCUCACACCAGAUGAGGAGGAGGAGUCCUUUUAUACUCUGCAUUUAUAUCUGAACGGCGACGGAGAGCAAAAUCUGGAGGAGUUGCUACAAGCGAGUAAGAAGGCGGAGACGGAUCAUCAGGGCAACGUCAAUAUGGAUCUAUCGGGAAAGCUCCUAGGAGGAGCAACAUCCUUCAGUGCGAGUUAUGGGGAGGAAGAUGGUAUAGUUCGAGUGUUUCCUAAGACAGGGUCAGCGUUGGUCUUCCAGCAGUACCACUUGCUUCAUGCUGGGGACCCUGUACUUCGAGGGGUCAAAUAUACCUUGAGAACCGAUAUGAUGUAUCGCGAGGUAGCGAUGAUUUGA